CUGCGGCGACUUGACUGCGGUGGACAGCUAGCUGUAGGCUUGUCAAACCGGCGUCGUUAGCUUUGUUUCCUUUGUUCGUUUCCACUCAGCAUUUAACUGGUGUUGACUUAAAAAGUAAAAAUGUCCGACGGCGGGGGCACGGAGGAAGGCUCCGGCACCAUUGAGGUGUCGGCCGUACAGACGGUGGCGGAUGCCUCGGUGCUGCAGAAGCACCUUCGGAAGCUGGUACCGCUGCUGUUGGAAGAUGGCGGCGAGGCCACGGCGUCACUGGAAACCGCCUUGGAGGAGAAGAGCUCCGUGGAGCAGAUGAGGAAGUUUUUGGCCGAUCCACAGAUUCACACAAUCUUGGUGGAGAGAAGAAGUGCUCUGAAAGAGGAUGUCGGAGACGAAGGAGAGGAGGAGAAGGAGUGCAUCACCUACAACAUCAGCAUCGAUAUACACUAUGGGAUCAAAUCAAACAGCUUGGCUUUGAUCAAGAGGACAGGCGUCAUUGAUGCAGACAAGCCCAUAUCCACUCAAGUCCGAGUGUUAACCCUGAGCGAGGACUCCCCCUAUGAGACCCUCCACUCUUUCAUCAGCAACGCUGUUGCUCCUUUCUUCAAAUCCUACAUCCGCGAGUCUGGCAAAGCAGAUCGAGAUGGGGAUAAGAUGGCUCCUUCUGUUGAGAAAAAGAUUGCGGAGCUGGAGAUGGGCCUGCUCCACCUCCAGCAGAACAUCGAGAUCCCGGAGAUCAGCCUGCUCAUCCAUCCCAUCAUCACAAACAUCGCCAAGCAGUGCUACGAGCGAGCGGAGAAGCCAAAGGUCACAGACUUUGGGGACAAAGUGGAAGACCCCACCUUCCUGAACCAGCUGCAGUCUGGAGUGAACCGCUGGAUCAGGGAAAUCCAAAAGGUCACGAAGCUUGAUCGGGAUCCAGCCUCGGGGACCGCCUUGCAGGAGAUCAGUUUUUGGCUGAAUCUGGAGCGAGCUCUCAACAGAAUCCAGGAGAAGAGGGAAAGCCCUGAGGUCCUGCUGACUCUGGACAUCCUCAAACACGGCAAACGUUUCCACGCUACUGUCAGCUUCGACACGGACACAGGUCUGAAACAGGCGGUGGAAACCGUAAACGACUACAAUCCUCUGAUGAAAGACUUCCCACUUAAUGACCUGCUCUCUGCCUCUGAGCUUGAUAAGAUCCGCCAAGCCCUCAUAGCCAUUUUUACCCACCUGAAAAAGAUUAGAAACACCAAGUAUCCUAUCCAGAGGGCACUGCGUCUCGUGGAAGCCAUCUCCAGGGACUUGAGCUCCCAACUCCUGAAGGUGCUGGGUACCAGGAAGCUCAUGCAUGUUGCGUACGAGGAAUUUGAAAAGGUCAUGGUGGCUUGCUUCGAGGUGUUCCAGACCUGGGAGGAUGAAUACGAGAAGCUGCAGGUGCUUCUGAGAGACAUUGUGAAGAGGAAGAGGGAGGAGAACCUGAAGAUGGUGUGGCGUCUGAGCCCCGCCCACAGGAAGCUCCAGUCCAGACUGGACCACAUGAGGCGUUUCAGGAGACAGCACGAGCAGCUGAGGGCCGUCAUCGUCCGCGUGCUCAGGCCUCAGGUUUCUGCGGUGCCACAGCACGCCGCAGGAGAGCCCGUCGAGCCAGAAGACAUGAAGGUUGCCGGCGUUCUCUUUGAUGCUGCCGAUGCGAACGCCAUUGAAGAGGUCAACCUUGCAUACGAGAACGUCAAGGAGGUCGACGGCCUGGAUGUGUCUAAGGAAGGCGUGGAAGCCUGGGAAGCUGCCAUGAAGCGCUACGAUGAGCGCAUCGACCGCGUGGAGACCCGCAUCACCGCCCGCCUGCGUGAUCAGCUGGGAACCGCCAAGAACGCCAACGAGAUGUUCCGCAUCUUCUCCCGCUUCAACGCGCUCUUCGUGCGCCCCCACAUCCGAGGCGCCAUCCGGGAGUACCAGACGCAGCUUAUUCAGCGCGUGAAGGAUGACAUCGAGUCCCUGCACGACAAGUUUAAGGUCCAGUAUCCUCAAAGCCAGGCCUGCAAGAUGAGUCACGUUCGAGAUUUGCCUCCUGUGUCCGGCUCCAUCAUCUGGGCCAAGCAGAUCGACCGUCAGCUGACUGCGUACAUGAAGAGGGUGGAGGACGUUCUGGGAAAAGGCUGGGAGAACCACGUGGAAGGGCUGAAGCUGAAGCAGGAUGGGGAUAGCUUCAGAGCGAAGCUGAACACCCAAGAGAUAUUUGAUGAUUGGGCUCGCAAGGUGCAGCAGCGUAACCUGGGUGUGUCCGGGCGGAUCUUCACCAUCGAGACCACCCGUGCCCGUGGAAGGACGGGAAACAUGCUGAAGCUCAAGGUCAACUUCCUCCCGGAGAUUAUCACUUUAUCCAAAGAGGUCCGUAACCUGAAGUGGCUGAGCUUCCGCGUUCCUCUGGCCAUCGUCAACAAAGCCCACCAGGCCAAUCAGCUGUACCCGUUCGCCAUUUCCCUGAUUGAGAGCGUGCGCACCUACGAGCGCACCUGUGAGAAGGUGGAGGAGAGGUCCUCCAUCUCCCUGCUGGUGGCCGGGCUUAAAAAGGAAGUGCAGGCUCUCGUCACAGAGGGCAUCACUCUGGUGUGGGAGUCCUACAAGCUGGACCCAUACGUCCAACGGCUGGCAGAAACCGUCUUCAACUUCCAAGAAAAGGUCGAUGACCUCCUGUUGAUCGAAGAGAAAAUAGAUCUGGAGGUUCGCUCUCUUGAGACGUGCAUGUUCGACAACAAGACCUUCUCAGACAUCCUCAGCCGUGUCCAGAAAGCUGUGGACGACCUGAAUCUGCACUCCUAUUCCAACUUACCCAUUUGGGUCAAUAAGCUCGACAUCGAGAUCGAACGCAUCCUGGGAGUGCGUCUUCAGGCUGGUCUGAAGGCCUGGACGCAGGUGCUCCGGGGACAGGUGGAGGACAGGGCUGAUGUGGACAUGGACACCGAGGCUCCACAAGCUGGUCACAAACCUGGAGGAGAGCCCAAGAUCAAAAACAUCAUCCACGAGCUGAGGAUUACCAACCAGGUGAUCUACCUGAAUCCUCCUAUCGAAGACUGCCGCUACAAGCUCUACCAGGAGAUGUUUGCCUGGAAGAACAUCAUCCUCUCCCUGUCCAGGAUCCAGAGUCAGAGAUACCAGGUGGGCGUCCACUACGAGCUUUCGGAGGAGGAGAAGUUCUACCGUAACACCCUGACCAGGAUGCCAGAUGGUCCUGCAGCUUUGGAGGAAGCCUACAACGCAGUGGAGGACAUUGUUGGUGAGGUGGAGCAGUACGUAAAGGUGUGGCUGCAGUACCAGUGCUUGUGGGAUAUGCAAGCAGAAAACAUCUACAACCGCCUCGGUGAAGACCUCACCAAGUGGCAGGCCCUCCUGGUCCAGAUCCGUAAAGCCCGUGGAACCUUCGACAACGCUGAGACUCGCAAAGAGUUUGGACCUGUGGUCAUCGACUACGGCAAGGUCCAGUCGAAGGUGAACUUGAAAUACGACUCGUGGCACAAAGAGGUCCUGAGCAAGUUUGGUCAGAUGCUCGGCCAGAACAUGCAGGACUUCCACGCCCAGAUCUCCAAGUCCCGUCAAGACCUUGAGCAGCAUUCUGUGGAUACGGCUAGCACCUCAGACGCUGUUGAGUUCAUAACGUAUGUCCAGACCCUAAAGCGCAAAAUCAAACAGUUUGAGAAAAACGUGGAAUUGUUCCGUAACGGACAGCGUUUGCUGGAGAAGCAGAGGUUCCAGUUCCCUCCGUCCUGGCUCUACAUUGACAACAUCGAAGGUGAAUGGGGUGCGUUCAGUGACAUCAUGAAGCGCAAAGACACGGCAAUCCAGCAACAAGUGGCCAACCUUCAGAUGAAGAUCGUCCAAGAGGACAAAGCCGUGGAGAACCGCACCACAGACUUGCUCAACGACUGGGAGAAGACCAAACCUGUUGCUGGCAACCUGCGUCCAGAAGAGGCUCUUCAGUCUCUGACCAUCUAUGAGGGCAACUUUAGCCGUCUGAAGGUUGAAAGAGAGAAGUGUGCUCGAGCCAAAGAGGCCUUGGAGCUCACCGACACCGGUCUGCUGAGUGGGAGUGAAGAGCGGGUGCAGGUGGCCCUGGAGGAGCUGCAUGACCUGAAGGAGGUUUGGUCUGAGUUGUCCAAGGUGUGGGAGCAAAUCGACCAGAUGAAAGAGCAGCCGUGGGUUUCUGUUCAGCCUCGCAAGCUUCGUCAAAGUCUGGAUGCUCUUCUAAACCAACUCAAGAACUUCCAAGCACGACUGAGACAAUAUGCUUCUUAUGAGUACGUCCAGAGGCUGCUUAAAGGAUACCUAAAGGUCAAUAUGUUGGUGAUCGAGCUUAAAUCCGAGGCGCUGAAAGAUCGCCACUGGAAGCAGCUGAUGAAGCGCCUGCAUGUGAACUGGGUCCUUUCGGAGCUGACCCUGGGUCAGAUCUGGGACGUCGACCUGCAGAAGAACGAGAUGGUGGUGAAGGAUGUUCUCCUGGUGGCUCAGGGAGAGAUGGCUCUGGAGGAGUUCCUUAAACAGAUCCGUGAGGUGUGGAACUCCUACGAGCUCGACCUGGUGAACUACCAGAACAAGUGCCGUCUGAUCAGAGGCUGGGACGACCUCUUCAACAAAGUCAAGGAGCACAUCAACAGCGUGUCUGCCAUGAAGCUGUCGCCUUACUACAAGGUUUUUGAGGAAGAUGCUCUGAGUUGGGAAGACAAACUCAAUCGCAUCAUGGCUCUGUUUGACGUUUGGAUUGACGUCCAGCGCCGCUGGGUCUACCUGGAAGGCAUCUUUACGGGCAGCGCCGACAUCAAGCAUCUGCUGCCUGUAGAAACCCAGAGAUUCCAGAGCAUCAGCACCGAGUUCUUGGCUCUGAUGAAAAAGGUGACCAAGUCUCCUUUGGUGAUGGAUGUGCUGAACAUUCAGGGAGUGCAGAGAUCCCUGGAGCGACUGGCUGACCUGCUGGGAAAAAUCCAGAAAGCUCUUGGAGAAUAUCUGGAGAGGGAGAGGUCUUCUUUCCCGAGGUUCUACUUUGUCGGAGACGAAGACUUGCUGGAGAUCAUCGGCAACAGCAAGAACGUGGCCAAACUUCAGAAGCACUUCAAGAAGAUGUUCGCUGGCGUCUCCAGCAUCUUGCUGAACGAGGACAACACGGAGGUGCUGGGAAUCUCCUCGCGGGAGGGAGAGGAAGUGGUCUACAAGACGCCGGUCUCCAUCACGCAGCACCCCAAGAUCAAUGAGUGGCUCACUCUGGUGGAGAAGGAGAUGAGAGUGACGCUGGCCAAGCUGCUCGCCGAGUCGGUCACGGAGGUCACGGCCUUCAAUAAGGGCACGGCCAUCGACCUGAGCCAGUACAUCGACUGGAUCGAUCGCUACCAGGCCCAGCUGGUGGUCCUGUCCACUCAGAUAGCCUGGUCUGAGAACAUCGAGUCAGCCCUGACCACCGUCUCUGGCGGUGGAGACAUGGCACCCAUGCAAGGCGUGCUGUCGAACGUGGAAGCCACUCUGAAUGUGUUGGCUGACACCGUGCUGAUGGAGCAGCCUCCGCUCCGCAGGAGGAAACUGGAACAUCUGAUCACAGAGUUGGUGCACCAGCGCGACGUGACCAGAACUCUGAUCAAGAACAAGAUCGACAACCCCAAGUCCUUCGAGUGGCUCAGUCAGAUGCGCUUCUACUUCGACCCCAAGCAGACGGACGUCCUGCAGCAGCUGUCCAUUCAGAUGGCCAACGCCAAGUUCAACUACGGCUUUGAAUAUUUGGGUGUUCAGGACAAGCUCGUGCAGACCCCGCUAACAGAUCGCUGCUACUUGACCAUGACUCAAGCUCUGGAAGCUCGGCUCGGUGGAUCACCGUUCGGUCCCGCUGGAACAGGAAAGACUGAGUCAGUCAAAGCCCUCGGUCACCAGCUUGGACGCUUUGUCUUGGUCUUCAACUGUGAUGAAACCUUUGACUUCCAGGCUAUGGGUCGUAUCUUCGUGGGUCUGUGCCAGGUGGGAGCCUGGGGCUGCUUUGACGAGUUCAAUCGUCUGGAGGAGAGAAUGCUGUCUGCCGUUUCCCAGCAGGUCCAGUACAUCCAGGUGGCCUUGAGGGAGCACAGCAACCCCAACAGAGACAGGAGUGUUCCUGUCACUACUGAGCUCCUGAACAAGCAGGUGAAGGUGAGCCCAGACAUGGCCAUCUUCAUCACCAUGAACCCUGGCUACGCCGGCCGUUCCAACCUCCCCGACAACCUGAAGAAGCUGUUCCGAAGCUUGGCCAUGACGAAGCCCGAUCGCCAACUCAUCGCACAGGUCAUGCUCUACUCGCAGGGCUUCCGAACAGCUGAGAUUCUCGCCAAGAAGAUCGUCCCCUUCUUCAAAUUGUGUGACGAGCAGCUGUCCUCCCAAAGCCAUUAUGAUUUUGGUCUUCGAGCCCUCAAGAGCGUGCUGAUCAGCGCUGGGAACGUGAAGCGCGAGCGCAUCCAGAAAAUCAAAAGGGAGAAGAUGGAGCGUGGAGAGGAUGUGGAUGAGAAUGAGAUAGCCGAGAACCUUCCUGAACAGGAGAUACUGAUCCAGAGUGUGUGUGAGACCAUGGUCCCCAAGCUGGUGGCUGAGGACAUCCCUCUGCUGUUCAGCCUGCUGUCUGAUGUCUUCCCCGGCGUUCAGUACAUGCGUGGAGAGAUGACGGCUCUGAGGGAGGAGCUCAAGAAGGUCUGCUCAGAGAUGUACCUCACCUACGGAGAUGGCGAUGAUGUAGGCAGCGCGUGGGUGGAGAAGGUUCUCCAGCUGUAUCAGAUCACACAGAUCAACCACGGUCUGAUGAUGGUGGGUCCCUCUGGCAGUGGCAAGACCAUGGCGUGGAGAGUGCUGCUGAAGGCCCUGGAGAGGCUGGAGGGGGUCGAGGGCGUGGCCCACAUCAUUGACCCCAAGGCCAUCAGCAAAGACCACCUCUACGGAACGCUCGACCCCAACACUCGCGAGUGGACUGACGGCUUGUUCACCCACAUCCUCAGGAAGAUCAUUGACAAUGUUAGAGGAGAACUGCAGAAGCGUCAGUGGAUCAUUUUUGAUGGCGACGUCGACCCGGAGUGGGUCGAGAACCUGAACUCCGUUCUGGAUGACAACAAGCUGCUCACCCUGCCGAACGGCGAGCGUCUCAGCCUACCGCCAAACGUGCGUGUGAUGUUUGAAGUGCAGGACCUGAAAUAUGCGACUCUCGCCACCGUGUCUCGCUGCGGCAUGGUCUGGUUCAGCGAGGAUGUCCUCAGCACUGAUAUGAUCUUCAACAACUUCCUGUACCGCCUUCGCAGCAUCCCGUUGGACGAGGGAGAGGAUGAGGCUCAGCGCAACAGAAAAGGCACGGAGGAUGAGGAGGAGACCGCUUCACCAAUGCUGCAGAUCCAAAGAGACUCUGCAGCGAUCCUGCAGCCGUACUUCACCUCCACGGGCCUGGUGAUCAAGGCCUUGGAGCACGCCUCCAAGAUGGAGCACAUCAUGGACUUCACCCGCCUGCGCUGUCUGGGCUCACUGUUCUCCAUGCUGCAUCAAGCCUGUCGUAACGUCGCUUUGUACAACAACAACCACCCAGAUUUCCCCAUGCCCAUCGACCAGCUGGAGAGAUACAUGCAGAGGUAUUUGAUCUACGCCGUGCUCUGGUCGUUCUCUGGUGAUGGAAGGUUGAAGAUGAGGGCUGAACUCGGUGAAUACAUCCGUCGUAUCACCACGGUGCCCCUCCCCACGACUCCUAAUGUUCCUAUUAUUGACUAUGAGGUUUGCAUCUCUGGUGAGUGGCAGUCUUGGCAGGGUAAAGUGCCUCAGAUUGAGGUGGAAACCCACAAGGUGGCAUCUCCAGAUGUUGUCGUUCCUACUCUGGACACGGUUCGCCACGAGGCUCUGCUUUACACGUGGCUAGCCGAGCACAAACCAUUGGUACUGUGUGGACCUCCUGGUUCUGGAAAGACCAUGACCCUGUUCAGCGCUCUCCGGGCUCUGCCUGACAUGGAGGUUGUUGGUUUGAACUUCUCCAGCGCUACCACCCCUGAACUCCUGCUGAAGACCUUUGAUCACUACUGCGAGUACCGCCGCACCCCCAACGGUGUGGUCCUGGCCCCGGUUCAGCUGGGCAAGUGGUUGGUCUUGUUCUGUGAUGAGAUCAACCUGCCAGACAUGGAUAAGUACGGCACUCAGAGAGUCAUCUCUUUCCUCAGACAGAUGGUGGAACACGGAGGCUUUUAUCGCACUUCAGACCAGACGUGGGUGAAACUGGAGAGGAUUCAGUUUGUUGGAGCCUGUAAUCCUCCCACUGAUCCUGGCAGGAAGCCCCUCACACAUCGGUUCCUGCGUCAUGUGCCUGUGGUCUACGUCGACUACCCCGGCCCGGCUUCCCUCACCCAGAUCUACGGGACCUUUAACCGUGCUAUGCUGCGUCUCAUCCCGUUACUACGAACGUACGCUGAGCCUCUUACAGCUGCCAUGGUGGAGUUCUACACCAUGUCUCAGGAGCGGUUCACCCAGGACAUCCAGCCUCAUUACAUCUACUCUCCCAGAGAGAUGACCCGCUGGGUCAGGGGCAUCUUCGAGGCUCUGCGCCCCCUAGAGACGCUGCCCGUGGAAGGGCUCAUCCGCAUCUGGGCGCACGAAGCUCUCCGUCUCUUCCAGGAUCGGCUUGUAGGUGACGAUGAGAGGAGGUGGACGGAUGAAAACAUCGACGUAGUUGCUCUUAAACAUUUCCCCAACAUUGAUAAGGAGAAGGCUUUGAACAGGCCGAUCCUCUACAGCAACUGGCUCUCUAAGGACUACAUCCCAGUGGAACAGGAGGAGCUGAGGGACUACGUGAAGGCCCGUCUCAAGGUCUUCUAUGAAGAGGAGCUGGAUGUUCCUUUGGUCCUCUUCAAUGAAGUGCUGGACCACGUCCUCCGAAUUGAUCGAAUCUUCCGUCAGCCUCAGGGUCAUCUGCUGUUGAUCGGUGUGAGCGGAGCAGGAAAGACCACGCUCUCUCGCUUUGUGGCCUGGAUGAAUGGAUUAAGUGUCUACCAGAUCAAAGUGCACAGGAAAUACACGGGUGAGGACUUUGAUGAAGACUUGCGUACAGUUCUGCGUCGCUCAGGUUGUAAGAAUGAGAAAAUAGCCUUCAUCAUGGACGAGUCCAACGUGCUAGACUCAGGAUUCCUGGAGAGGAUGAAUACUCUGCUGGCCAACGGAGAGGUGCCUGGCCUGUUUGAGGGAGAUGAAUACGCCACCCUGAUGACUCAGUGCAAGGAGGGAGCACAGAAGGAGGGGCUGAUGCUCGACACGCAUGAAGAGCUCUACAAGUGGUUCACCAGCCAGGUCAUCAGAAACCUCCACGUAGUUUUCACCAUGAAUCCCUCAUCAGAAGGUCUGAAGGACAGAGCUGCCACAUCCCCCGCCCUCUUCAACAGGUGUGUGUUGAAUUGGUUUGGAGACUGGUCAACAGAGGCACUUUAUCAGGUGGGCAAGGAAUUCACCAGCAAGAUGGAUCUGGAGAAGCCCAACUACAAGGUGCCGGACUACAUGCCCAUCGUCUACGACAAGCUUCCCCAGCCGCCCUCUCACCGCGAGGCGAUCGUCAACGGCUGCGUGUUCGUGCAUCAGACUCUCCACCAGGCAAAUAGCCGUCUAGCCAAGCGUGGUGGUCACACCAUGGCCAUUACUCCUCGCCACUACCUGGACUUCAUCAACCAGUAUGCCAACCUGUUUAAUGAGAAACGCAGCGAGUUGGAGGAGCAGCAGAUGCACCUGAACGUUGGUCUCCGUAAGAUCAAGGAAACUGUCGACCAGGUGGAGGAGCUUCGUCGUGAUCUAAGGAUCAAGAGUCAGGAGCUGGAGGCCAAGAACGCUGCUGCCAACGACAAGCUGAAGAAGAUGGUCAAAGAUCAGCAGGAAGCCGAGAAGAAAAAGGUGAUGAGUCAGGAGAUCCAGGAAGCUGUCUACAAGCAGCAGGAGGUGAUCAAAGACAAACAGCUGAGCGUCAAACAAGACCUGGACCAGGUGGAGCCCGCUGUGAUCGAGGCUCAGAAUGCCGUUAAGUCUAUUAAGAAGCAGCACCUGGUGGAGGUGCGCUCCAUGGCUAACCCGCCCGCGGCCGUGAAGUUGGCCCUGGAGUCCAUCUGCUUGCUCCUCGGGGAGAGCACCACUGACUGGAAGCAGAUCCGCUCCAUCAUCAUGAGGGAGAACUUCAUCCCUACAAUUGUUAACUUCUCUGCUGAGGAGAUCAGUGACUCGAUUCGUGAGAAGAUGAAGAAGAACUACCUCUCCAACCCGAGCUACAACUACGACCAGGUCAACAGGGCUUCCCUGGCCUGUGGGCCGAUGGUGAAGUGGGCCAUCGCUCAGCUGAAUUAUGCCGACAUGCUGAAGCGCGUGGAGCCGUUGCGGAAUGAGCUGCAGAAACUGGAGGACGAUGCAAAGGACAACAAGACGAAGGCGGAGGAGGUGGAGCAGAUGAUCAGAGACCUGGAGGCUAGCAUCGCUCGCUACAAGGAAGAAUAUGCUGUCCUCAUCUCAGAGGCUCAGGCCAUCAAGGCUGAUCUGGCUGCAGUCGAGGCGAAGGUGAAUCGCAGCACAGCGCUGCUGAAGAGCCUGUCCGCUGAGCGAGAGCGCUGGGAGAAGACCAGCGAGACCUUCAAGAACCAAAUGUCCACCAUCGCUGGAGACUGCCUCCUCUCCGCUGCCUUUAUUACUUACGCUGGUUACUUUGAUCAGCAGAUGAGACAGAACCUGUUCACUACUUGGUCUCAUCACCUGCAGCAGGCCAACAUUCAGUUCCGUACGGACAUCGCCAGAACAGAAUACCUCUCCAACGCUGAUGAGAGACUCCGCUGGCAAGCCAACUCCCUCCCAGCAGACGACCUUUGUACCGAAAACGCCAUCAUGCUCAAGCGCUUCAACCGCUAUCCGCUCAUCAUCGAUCCAUCCGGCCAAGCCACAGAGUUCAUAAUGAACGAGUACAAGGACCGCAAGAUCACCAGAACCAGCUUCCUGGAUGACGCCUUCAGGAAGAACCUGGAGAGCGCGCUGCGUUUUGGAAAUCCGCUCUUGGUCCAGGAUGUGGAAAGCUACGACCCCAUCCUAAACCCGGUGCUGAACAGAGAGGUGCGAAGAACUGGGGGACGUGUCCUCAUCACCCUGGGGGACCAGGACAUCGAUCUGUCACCGUCGUUUGUGAUCUUCCUCUCCACACGAGACCCAACGGUCGAGUUCCCACCAGACUUGUGCUCUCGUGUUACGUUUGUCAACUUCACCGUGACGCGCAGCAGCCUCCAGAGUCAGUGUCUGAAUGAGGUCCUAAAGGCUGAGAGACCUGACGUGGACGAGAAACGCUCUGAUCUUCUGAAACUGCAGGGUGAGUUCCAGCUGCGUCUUCGCCAGCUGGAGAAAUCCCUCCUGCAGGCCCUCAACGAGGUCAAGGGUCGCAUCCUGGAUGACGACACAAUCAUCACCACACUGGAGAACCUGAAAAAGGAGGCCGCGGAGGUGACCAGGAAGGUGGAGGAGACGGAUAUCGUCAUGGCUGAGGUGGAGGCGGUGUCGCAGCAAUACCUGUCUCUGUCCUCCGCCUGCAGCAGCAUCUACUUCACCAUGGAGGCUCUCAACCAGAUGCACUUCCUGUAUCAGUACUCUCUCCACUUCUUCCUGGAUACGUACCACACGGUGCUGUACGAGAACGCCAACCUCAAGAGCAUCAGCGACCACUCUCAGAGGCUCGCUCUCAUCACUAAGGACCUCUUCCAGGUGGUGUUCAACCGAGUCGCUAGAGGCAUGCUGCACCAGGACCACAUUACGUUUGCCAUGCUGUUGGCUAAGAUCAGCCUAAAGGGCAUCACGAGUGAACCGUCAUACGACGCAGAAUUCCAGCACUUCCUGCGUGGGAAGGAGAUUGUGCUGACGGGUACGGCUCUGCCCAAAAUCAAAGGUCUGACCAGCGAUCAGUGUGAGGCCAUGGUCCGACUCAGCCACCUCCCAGCAUUCAAGGACUUGGUGGAGAAGGUGGAGGCUGAUGAGCAAUUCUUCAUGUGGAUUGAGAGCAACACUCCUGACCUGGCCGUUCCUUAUCUGUGGUCGGAGGAGAAGCAGUCAACCUCCAUCGGUCAGGCGGUGCACCAGCUGCUGCUAAUCCAGGCCUUCCGCCCUGACCGCCUGCUGGCCAUGUCCCACAUUGUUGUCUCCAAGGUGCUGGGAGAGUCCUUCAUGAACAUCAUCGAGCAACCCCUUGACCUGGCUAACAUAGUAGACAGUGAGGUGAAGCCCAGCACUCCGGUGCUGAUGUGCUCCGUACCCGGUUAUGAUGCUAGCGGGCUUGUCCGGGAUCUGGCUGCAGAGCAGAACAAGCAGAUCACCUCCGUUUCUAUUGGUUCAGCUGAAGGUUUCAAUAAGGCUGACCGAGACAUCAACACUGCUGUCAAGUCUGGCAGAUGGGUGAUGCUGGAGAACGUCCACCUUGCUCCUGGCUGGCUGAUGCAGCUGGAGAAGAAGCUUCACUCCAUGCAGCCUCAUGCUAGCUUCAGGCUCUUCCUCACAAUGGAGAUCAACCCGAAGGUUCCGGUCAACCUGCUGCGUGCAGGUCGGAUCUUUGUGUUCGAGCCUCCUCCUGGGGUCAAGGCGAACAUGCUCAGAACCUUCAGCAGCAUACCUGUGGCUCGCAUGUGCAAGGCUCCCAAUGAGCGUGCACGUCUCUACUUCCUCCUGGCCUGGUUCCACGCCGUCAUCCAGGAGCGCCUGCGUUACGCUCCACUCGGCUGGUCCAAAAAAUACGAGUUUGGGGAGUCUGACCUUCGCUCUGCUUGUGACACCAUUGACACCUGGCUGGACGACACUGCUAAGGGUCGCCAGAACAUCGCCCCAGAUAAGAUCCCCUGGGCGGCUCUGAAGACCCUCAUGGCCCAGUCCAUCUACGGUGGUCGCAUCGAUAACGAGUUUGACCAGCGGCUGCUCAUCACCUUCCUGGAGCGGAUCUUCACCAAGGGAAGCUUCGACAGCGAGUUCAAGCUGGCGCUCAAGGUUGACGGCCAGAAGGACAUCAAGAUGCCUGAUGGGAUCCGACGUGAGGAGUUCAUGCACUGGGUAGAGAUGCUUCCUGACACUCAGACUCCAUCUUGGCUGGGGUUGCCAAGCAAUGCAGAGAAGGUGUUGCUCACCACUCAGGGCACUGACAUGAUGGGUAAGAUGUUGAAAAUGCAGAUGUUGGAGGAUGAGGAUGACCUUGCCUAUGAGACGGAGAAAAAGGAGCGCACGUCGUCCACGUCUGACACUCAGCCCGCCUGGAUGAGGACCCUCCACACCACGGCGUCCAACUGGCUUCAGCUCAUGCCUCAAAUGGUCAAUCCGCUCAAACGCACGGUGGAGAACAUCAAGGACCCACUGUUCCGCUUCUUCGAGCGUGAGGUGAAGAUGGGAGGCACGAUGCUCCAGGAGGUCCGGCAGAACCUUUCUGAUGUGGUGCACGUGUGUGAGGGCAAAAAGAAGCAGACCAACUACUUGCGCACGCUCAUCAGCGACCUCGUUAAAGGAAUCCUCCCACGCAGCUGGUGCCGGUACACCGUCCCAGCCUCCAUGACUGUGAUCCAGUGGGUGUCGGACUUCAGUGAGAGGAUCAAACAGCUGCAGCAGAUCUCCCAGGCGGCUGCAAGCGGUGGUGCAAAGGAGCUGAAGAACGUCCACGUGUGCUUGGGCAGCCUGUUUGUCCCAGAGGCUUACAUUACCGCCACCCGCCAGUAUGUGGCGCAAGCCAACAGCUGGUCGCUGGAGGAGCUGUGUCUGGAGGUCAAUGUUACCACCGCCCAGGGCGCGGCGCUGGACGCCUGCAGCUUUGGCAUCAAAGGUCUGAAGCUGCAGGGAGCCACGUGUGCCAACAACAAGCUGUCUCUGUCCACGACCAUCUCCACGGAGCUGCCUCUGACUCAGCUCCGCUGGGUGAAGCAAAGUAACGCCGAAAAGAGACACGUGGUCACUCUUCCCGUGUACCUGAACUUCACCAGGUCAGACCUCAUUUUCACGGUCGACUUCGACAUCGCCACCAAGGAAGAUCCUCACAGCUUCUACGAGCGUGGAGUUGCUGUGCUGUGCACAGAAUAAAUAACUUAUUCCUGCAGAAGAAGAAAAAAGCAAGCUUCUUAAUCACUUUCUGUCGUUAUCCAUCACUAAUAGUCGUAGCUUAUUGCAUCCCUAUGUUUACCUUUUUGUCAAUCAGUCGUAGAGUUUUUGGAACAUGUUUCUGAAGGUUUAUGAGAAAGUUGCCAGAUGUUGAAAGGAAAUGAUGUAAUGUGGAAAAGGAAGGUUGAAAGGGAAGUGUUUUAAAGAAAGGAGCCUUUUAGAUUGAGUAAAAGCAGGUAGAGGAAGUCGCAUUCCUUCAGUGGGAUUUUUAACUAUGGAAACAAAGUGUCAUUAAAAGAAAUUUGACUGCAUCAAA